CGCGGUGGAUUUCGUUGAAAGGGAAACACGGGGACGCAAAGAUUUAAAGGAGUAGAGAGAGAACUCUAGCUUGUUCUGGGGUAGAUUAGUUGGACAGGCAUUAAACAAAUACUUACUCUUUCGUCGGCGGUCUGUGGUGGAGGGUGGCAUUCGCGAAUAAAACGAGGGAAUAGGGGGGGAUCGGGGAGGCUAGCAUUGUCGGGUCAAAAUGUCUAUUCAGUUCGAGGAGCCGCUGGCGGGUAGCUACGGGGUAGUGGACUCGUUCCCAAAAGAUUUUGGCUAUGGGGUGGAAGAGGGGGACAUCGAGGAUAGCCCGGCACCCUCAGACAGCAAGCCAAGGAUACUGCUAAUGGGAUUACGACGGAGUGGCAAGUCUUCUAUUCAGAAGGUGGUGUUCCACAAGAUGUCGCCCAACGAGACUCUUUUCUUGGAGAGCACCAACAAGAUCUACAAGGACGACAUCUCCAACAGCUCCUUCGUCAACUUCCAGAUCUGGGACUUCCCUGGCCAGGUCGACUUCUUCGACCCCACCUUUGACUACGAGAUGAUUUUCAGGGGUACGGGGGCUUUGAUAUUUGUCAUUGACGCACAGGACGAUUACGUGGAGGCGCUCGGGAGGCUGCACCUCACGGUGUCGCGGGCCUACAGGGUGAACCCCGAGAUCAACUUCGAGGUCUUCAUCCACAAGGUGGACGGUCUCUCCGACGACCACAAGAUAGAGACCCAGAGAGACAUCCACCAGAGAGCCAACGACGACCUGGCAGACGCCAGCCUCGACAAGCUCCACCUUAGCUUCUACUUGACGAGUAUCUACGAUCACUCCAUCUUCGAGGCCUUCAGUAAAGUGGUGCAGAAACUCAUCCCACAGCUGCCCACUCUGGAGAACCUGCUCAACAUCUUUAUAUCUAAUUCAGGGAUAGAGAAGGCCUUCCUGUUCGACGUGGUCAGCAAGAUCUACAUCGCCACCGACAGCUCCCCCGUGGACAUGCAGUCGUACGAGCUGUGCUGCGACAUGAUCGACGUGGUCAUCGACGUGUCCUGCAUCUACGGGCUGAAGGAAGACGGCAGCGGCAGCGCCUACGAUAAGGAGUCCAUGGCCAUCAUCAAACUGAACAACACCACUGUCCUGUACCUGAAGGAGGUCACCAAGUUCCUGGCGCUGGUCUGCAUUCUCAGAGAAGAGAGCUUUGAGCGGAAAGGUUUAAUAGACUACAAUUUCCACUGUUUCCGCAAGGCCAUCCACGAGGUGUUUGAGGUGGGCGUGUCCACGCAGCGGUUGGGCACCCUGCAGCCCAGCACGCCCAGCCUGAAGGCGGUCACGCACAACGGCACCCCCCGGAGCACCGUGUAGAGGCCUCCACGAGCGAGCGAGAGAGAGAGAGAGAGAGAGAGGGGGAGAGACGGACAGACAAACGGACAGAGACAGAAGGACGCGGGCACCUUCGUGCCAUCGUGCUGACUUAACUCCUCGGCCUCACAGCCUUGGGCUGCAGAGAAAAGCUGCAAGCUACAAAAAAAAAAGAAGGAAAAAAAGAAAAAAAAAGGAAAAAGAAAAAAAAAAAAGGAAACUGGGGGAAAAAAAAUUGUAUCACAGACCAUGUUGUGGCCUGAAACUGAUGUACAGAUGUGUUGGAAGGAGGGGGGGUUUGGAGUGAGCUUCGAACGGAAGGGAAACGGUGGCGGGGAGCGGGAGGAAGUGGCGGGAUUCGGAGACUGCGAAACUGGCGCGAGGCACAGACACACCACUAAAAGGGGGGCAGGGGAAGAGAAACCCAAAGUACAGCAACCCCCCCCACCCACCCCCAGCCCAAUGCCUGAUAGAGCUCAGCGGUCAAUGGGCUGUUCACCUUAGAAACGUGCGACUGAUUUACUCCUCAUUGAAGAUGGGGGGGGGGGGGGACGCACACACACACACUGUGUCUAAUGGGGAUAUGUAAAGUGUGUGACCUCCUGCACACUGGAUCUCAUGCACCUCUAGGAAAUGUAGUAGUAUCCUGCCUAAUGCCAGCUGUCACUCAAACUCACGUAUACACGCACACCUGCCUUUUAAAAAUGUAUACCCCACCCCUCCACCCAAAAAAAAAAAAAACAAACAAAAAAUAACGGAAAUCUCUCUGCUUCUUACCUAUUUACCUGUGUCAGGAAAGGGGGGGGGGUCAGUAGAGUGCUGAAGGUUGGAUAAUCGAACGUUAACUUUUUUGAUCAAUGUGUUGACCUUUCACCUCCCCACCCCCAAUUAAUGUGUGAUGUCAUUUUGGCCAAAUGAGGAGCUGUGACGAACGACAGCGUUUAAUCACCGGUAAAUCAUUAGGGUUAGGGUACAGCCAAUCAGAGAUGAUCAAAAACUCAUUCCAUGCAUGUGUGUGUGUGAAUAAGGUUUCUUAUAGUUGUUUUGGAGUAACACGGCCCAGUGCACGUAAUUCUAUUGGGGGGGGGGGUGGGUGGGUGGUGAGUGAGCAUAAUGGAGUAAAAAAGCGAGAAACACAGACGCCCAAACACUGCUGCCGUAGCCACCAUGAGCUUUUAAAGUUUCAGUCGCCUGCGUAGUUUCCCGGAGCAUUCUAGAACGUUCACUGUGUCUCCUGCAUCUCCGGCGAAAGCAAGACUCUUUUGUUCACGCGUGACUCGGUUCUGCCGAAGGAUUUUCCCUGCAGGGGAAAACAAACAAAUAAUAAUAAAUGGAAGAAAAAAAAAAGAAAAACACUUGCACAUCUACUAAACAAUAUCUCAGAAAAAAAACCUGCUUUAUUCAUCGUGGACAGAACUUUUUAUGGGACAGUGAUGCCGUAUGCUUGUGAGCUUGUAAAAGUUACGAAUGGAAUGUCUCAGUAUAUUUGGGUCCAAAUAAUAUAAUUAUAUAUUUUUUUGUGUGUGUAUGCGCGUCUGUGUGUGCUGUGUGUUGGUUUUAAUUGCUGAAUAAUAAGAAUUUCUCUCUUGGUUUACCCUGUGAUUAAAAUCGGAAAUUUGCAGGCGUAAUCACAUGAAGUUGAACCACUGGA